UGCUCUUGCUCUUCGUAUCCUCAAUGACCAGUUGAUGUUCACAGAGAGAGCUUUCACUGAUCCCCUCGGCCUACCAGGACGACCAUUUUACAGACAUGUCAUCUUUGCACCCAGCAGCCACAAUAAAUAUGCAGGAGAAUCGUUCCCCGGGAUUUACGACGCUCUCUUUGACAUCGAGAACAAGGCGGACCAGCAGAAGGCUUGGGAGGAAGUGAAAAGACAAAUCGCCAUUGCCACGUUUACUGUGCAGGCUGCUGCAGAGACCUUAAAAGACGUUUAAUAAAGUGUCAGCUUCCCGUUACAUUUCGCUGUCUGGCGGUAUAGACCAAAAUAAACGCACGGUACAGACUUAGAAUAUGAAACAGCAGAUCCAAAGGUAUACAGGCCUGUAUAUUACACGCCAUGGUCUUCGGCAGUGCUAUA